UUAUCUUAACACGCUUACACCUCAUGAUAAUCCAGAACUUUCAAACUCAUUUCGCCAUCUCCUUCAAUACUAAGAAAAGGAAUAACAUUUCUAUAUAUUCAGAGAAAAUAAAGUCCACUAAUCUUUGCAUAUUAUCAAAUUUAUUAGAUCUCUAUUAUACCUAGCUGCUAAGCUAAUAUAUCAUCAUGUCUUCUGAGUUGAGUCUAGUAAAAUAUGAUCACAAAACAAGGUCGUCGUCGUCGUCGUUUCUCAACUCAAUGUUUAUGUCGACGGUGAAUUCGGCGGCCAAGACUCUUGUGUCGGUGACAAAAGGCGGUGUUCAUAACCAGGUUGGGAAGUGGAAGCCUCGAGAUCACUUCCGGUUCAUGAUGAUGCUGAUGACAUGGCUAACCUUGUGGGUUCUUAGGGUUUUGAUGGAUAACAUACCUUCUUGUUCUCUCUCAUUAAUGGGAUAUUCUUCUUAUUCAUCUAUGCCUUUCAAUCUUCUUCAAGCUUUUUCGCCUUUCGGAUUGAUCGAUUUCCCGCGAUCAGCUGGAUCGUCACCGACAUCAUCUUCCUCGGCUUCUUUGUCCGUUUCUUCUUUGCAGAUGAUUCUGAACGAGGGUGUUGAGGCUGUGCCUGUUCAAGCUCUUGGAAGAGCCCUAUCUCAGAUCCUGGCCCUGCUCAACGACAUCCCCGCCACCUCAAGGAAGUACCAGUUCGCCAUGGCGAUGGCGGAGCGUGUGAUGGACGGCAACGCUGCAUCGGGACACCCGGAAAUGCUCGAGGUCAACCGAAUGGCGCUCUCCUCCGCCUUUGAGCGCACCUCAACCCUUCUCCACCGCUCCCUAGACAAGCGCCACCGCGACAAAAACGAUGAGUACUCGGGAUCCGGAGCGUGGGCAGCACGCGCGGUCAGGGCACUGCCGUUCGGUUCCUACGUGGCGCCUUACAUCAAUGGAAUGAGCAUCUGUGUUGGGGUGGUGCGUUCGUGGGUCCGCUCGAGGGGGACAAAACGGUUGACGGGAAUUGGUGGUGGCAUUGGAGAUGGAGGAAGGGUUGUUUGGGAGGAAGAGGAAGGAGGAGAGGUGGUGGCUGAGAAGCUGGUGGAGGAGCUGUUGUGGAUAAGCCAUAAGCUGAGGGCUUAUGGGGCAGUGGAUGAAGCUCUGGUGCAGUGGAGUUAUGCUUCAGGAUUGGCUUCUAUUUCUCUCACCACUGAUCCCAGGCUUCAAGGCCUCGUUGUCAAAAUAUCAGCCAUGUUAUUUGGUGAAUUAAACCGAGAAGAGGUUGGGGUAUCAGCAGAAGUGAAGUUCAGAUUGCUUCUUCUGUGGCUUCCGUUGUUUUGCCAUGCUGGGAACGGAUUUGCCUACCCUGUCUUGACCUACUUCGAGAAGAUGGAGGUGGAGAAAGCGAUCGACCAAGCGCUGUGGAGCUUGCCACCGAUGGAUCAAGAAGUCAUCCUCACAAAUUGGAUACAAGACUUCGCCAUCUCUGCUUCUGAUUGGCCUAAUCUUCAGGUUCCUUACGACCGAUGGUGCCAAUCUACGCGCAAUGUUGUUGUGGCCUAGCUAGCUACAAUUCUAUUAUAUCUUAAUAAUAAUUUACCAUGUACUAUAUAUAUAUAUAUGUUCUCGAUGCAAUUUAUGGGGAGAGAUCUACCGUAUGGACAGAUAUAGGUAGUUUACAAUUAAAGAUGUACCAUUUAAUCAGAUAUCCAGAUGUGUUUUUGUU